AGGUGCUGAAAAACGCCUCAGUGACAGAGGAGGAAUACUUUGUAGCUCCACCCGGAAACAUCCCACUGGAGAAGGAGAAAAAGUCCUUCACGUAGAUCUGAAGAUGUCUCGUAUUAGUGGUGUGGCAGGGAAUCUUAAGAAAGUCGUAGAGAAACUCGCCAAGAUUCAGUACGUUAAAGUGAAUCUUAAAAGUGAAACUCAGAUCGAAGGCUUGAGUCUUCUGCCAUUGGGGAUGCAAUUGCUGGAGAAUCUGAAGAGAGAGUGGAUUAAUUCGGAUCCUGUUAUUAAUAUUUACCACAAAAACAGCUCAGAUGCCAACGAGAAAAGAGAUUUCCAAAAAGAUCACGUGGAAAAUCCACUCGCAUCGCUAAAAUCUCGAGCUUUUGAGGAACACUUUCGGAAUCUGAGUCAGAACUAUCAAGCAGAGAUUCCUUUGGGUAUCUCAGAGUGUCUUUCCUAUCCAUCCAUGAUUGUGAGAGCGGAAAAUCCCGGAGAAAGUCUGGAUUUCUCCCUGAAAUCCAUUCAAUAUCUGACUUGCCUGUACUUCAUCUCACCCGUCAGUGCAAUUGAGCAGUUUUACAGGAUUCAGAGACAGAGGAAGAUUUGGUGGAUGAGAUAUUCCUCAAAUCCUGGUCGAUUUAAGAUUUCAGAGUCAAAAAUAACGGAGUAUCCUGAAGGAAAAGUGCAGAAAAUCUCAGUGAAAUCAAGUUUGAAGGACUCUUCCGUCGAUUUGGAGACUAUUGAAUUGAUAUCCCUGAAUCCUGGAGCCAAUAUUGAGAUCAAGGAUCCUCGAAGUGGACGAAAAAUCACCCCUUCAAUUGUGAAAACGGGAAUGUGCCUGGAAAUUGCGACUUUAGGAGUUUUAAUCGAUGCUGUGAACUCUUCAGAUGACAGUGAGACUCUUCUAUUGCAUAGAAAGAUCGCUCCGCACCAAUUGGCAGUGUUUUGCUUCUCUGAGGCACAAGAUAAUCUGGCGGAUUUGCAGGAUCUCGCACGAUUGUUGACGAUAAAGACGAGAAAAGCUGGAAUUGCCACAUUGAAUCUUCCAAAGUGCUCAACGGCGAAAGAAAAUCUGCUUUCUCGGCAAAUCUGUGAAAUGGAUCAACUCGGUGUGCCUUACUGUUUCAUCCUGGAGGACGAGAGCCUUCGCAGUGGGCUGAUAAAGCUGCGCAGCAGGGACACGACACUCUCCGAGACGGUGCAUCUGACCGACAUUCCCAGGUAUCUUCUCAAAAUCUACUCCUCCUUCUGACGCUUCACGAGGGUGAAUUUAUUGUCCAGACUACAAAGAUCAAGUCACAUUUAAGUUAGAUUUGUUUUAAAAUUAGUUAAUGUUUUCUUGGUAUGAUUAUACGCAUUUUUUGAGUCACUUAAAUAGUCUGCACGAAAAAUUGUGCAAUUUAA